AUGUUGGUGGCCCGCCUCAGAUAUCACCUCUUACCAAGAACCAGCGAGCGCCAAUACGGAUUUGUCCCACAAAAGAGCACCGAAGACUCCCUCUAUACCCUAAUAAAUUACAUAAGGAAAAAAUUGGACAAAAAGAAAAUAGUGACACUGGUGUCUCUAGAUAUAGAGGGGGCCUUCGACAGUGCCUGGUGGCCUGCGAUCCGUGUCAGGCUUGCUGAAGAACAGGCAUUUGCAGACGACGUGGUCAUGGUGUUCGAGGGGGAGACGGCACUGGAGAUCGAGAACAAGGCAAAUGCCGCGCUCAGCCAUGCGUUGGCUUGGGGCGUCGAAAAUAAGCUUAAGUUUGCACCCUUAAAAACAUGCGCCAUGGUGAUAACCAGAAGGCUGGUUUAUGACGAACCACGCCUUAGUAUGGGAGGGGUGGGCAUCGCGAUGUCCAGGGAUGUCAAAAUUCUCGGCCUCACCAUCGAUGACAAACUAACCUUCAAUAAACACGUCGCAAGCAUCUGCAGUAAAGCACUCAAUAGAUAUAAGAUGCUGGCCAGAACCGCCCGUGUAGGAUGGGGCUUACACCCGGAAAUUAUUAGGCUAAUAUAUACAGCAGCAAUUGAACCAACUAUCAUGUACGCAGCAAGUGCAUGGGCUCCUGCCGUGAAAAAGCUGGGAGUCAUAAAGCAGUUAAAAGCGGUUCAAAGGGGUUUUGCACAAAAGUUGUGUAAAGCAUACCGUACAGUCUCCCUGAAUUCAGCGCUACUGUUAUCCGGAUUGCUCCCCCUAGACCUCCGAGUCCGUGAGAUGGCUUCAUUAUAUGAAACCAAGAAGGGAGCCCGUGCUCCAGUGGCGCUGGAGGACAGAGAGAUCGAAGCUAUGACACCAGCCGUAAAAGCACCACAUCCGGCAGAACGGGAAGAAAUUACCUUCGAACGUAUAUGCGGUGAGGAGCAGUACCAAGAUUGUGAAAAGCUGCAAAUGCGGAUAUACACGGACGGCAGCAGGAUUGAUGGUAAGGUAGGCGCGGCGCUAUCCAUAUGGAAGGACGCCAGCGAGACCAAAGCCAUCAAACUUGCACUGUCCAGCUACUGCACAGUAUAUCAGGCCGAACUCCUGGCCUUAAAUCGCGCGACAAAAGAAGCAGAAAGGGCUACUGCUGCUACCCAAAUCGGAAUCUUCAGCGACUCAAUGGCGGCAUUGCAGGCCACUGUUAACCCGAACUCUCGACAUCCCCUGGCAGUCGAAAGCAGGGAGAUGAUAAAGCGCUGUAAAGACCAAAAUAAAAAUCUCUCCCUCUUUUGGAUCAAGGCACACGCUGGACUGCCGGGAAAUGAGAGAGCGGACGAGUUGGCGAAAGCGGCUGCUCUGAAGUUAAAGAAAAGUCCCGACUACAGUAUGUGCCCCAUAUCUUUCGUGAAACGAAACCUGCGGAUACAGACCAUGAGUGAAUGGAACCAACGGUACGUGACGGGAGAAACGGCCUCGGUGACAAAAACGUUCUUCCCUGACGCGCUGGCGGCGUACAGGGUAGUAAAGAAAAUGAAGGUUGAGGCUGAAACCACCCAGCUUAUGACAGGGCACGGCGGGUUCUCCUCAUACUUGUACCAAUACAAGUGUAAGGAUAACCCAUCGUGUACCUGCGACCCAGAAGUCGAGGAGACAGUGUUGCACUUGAGGGGAAAAUGCGUUACGCAUACCACCGAGGCGUUGGGAUGGGCCCCGGUGGUUAUGUGGGACUCCCUACCCAUGGUGUACCCACUAAAAACCCCUCUAUUUGCCGUCUCCACGCUAUAUGGCGAGGCCCCAGGGACGCCAAAGCACGCUUCCGCGACCUCGCCAGCGGCUAUCCGGACUCCGGACCCGGCUUAG